CGUGACUCGGGCUGCGCGCCACACCCGCGCUCCGCGGCCCGGGGGAGGUGAUCUCGGCGGAUAUAAGGGACGGAGAGAUGGGGCAGGGGGGACAAGCGCCGGCUCGCUCUCCAGAUCGGUUGCCCUGCAGCCCCGCGCCUCGGCCUUGGUUCCGCGUCUCCAUCCCUGCAGGCAAUGAGCUCGCCCGCCAGCCUCCGGAGCCGCUUAGCUCUGGGCUCGCUGCUGCUUCUGCUGGGGCAGGUUCCGGGCGCUCCCCAGGCGCCAGCAGCCCCAAAUCAAGAGGUCUGCCUGCUGCCCCCGAAGGAAGGCCCCUGCCGGGCUCUCAUCCCGAGAUGGUACUACGACAGGUACACCCAGACAUGCCAGGAGUUCACUUAUGGGGGCUGCUACGGCAAUGCCAACAACUUCAGAAGCUUGGAAAGCUGUGAGAAAAGCUGCUGGAUGAUCCGGAAAGUGCCCAAAAUAUGCAGACUGGAGGCUGCUCCAGGACCAUGUAGAGGUUACCUAAGAAGAUAUUUCUUCAACCUGAGUUCAAUGAAGUGUGAGAAAUUUAUCUAUGGUGGAUGCUAUCAAAAUGAUAACAACUUCAGAGAUGAAGCUUCUUGUCUGGACUCCUGUUUGCCUGAGAAAACUGGCCCCUUAUUAUGCUAUAGCCCAAAAGAUGAAGGAUUGUGUUCAUCUUCUGUGACCCGCUAUUACUACAACUCAAAAAGUCAAUCAUGUGAAGAGUUCAGCUAUACAGGUUGUGGUGGAAAUGCCAAUAACUUUGUUAGCAAAAAAGAUUGUUAUAAUAUCUGCAAGAAAGGGAGUAAGAAACCAAAUAUCAAGAAGUCAAGAAAUAAACUUCCCAAGACUACGAGAAAACUAGAGAAAAAAUCUAAUCAAUCUAACCUAAUGUUUUAAAUCUGAAGAGCCCAUCAAUGGCAAAUGCACGACUUUGACUUAGAGAGCCUCCUACAAUAUACUUUUACUUUGUGUGUGUGUGUGUGUGUGUGUGUGUGUGUGUACGUGCAUGUGUAUGUACAAUUUUAUUCCUCAGACUAGUUCUGUCUGAGAACUACUCUCUUUGAACAGUUUUUUUACAUUAGAAGCAGCUAUUAUUUGUAAUGUGAAUUGACUUGUUUGGUUCUCUGCAACACUAUUUUUGCUUAAAAAACCAAAUAUUUGAAUUUCCAUGUUUUUCCUGAGAAAUAGUGCUACUGUUUUUGGGAAAUGAUUUAACUGUCACGAUCCUGUGAAGCUUGAAGUACCCUUCUUCUGUUUGUUUAACUAAGGUGUACACCAAGCUAGAGCCCUGCCCUUAAUUUUUUUAGCAUUAUUUGUUUACUAAACUGAACAUCAGCAGAGCCUUCCAAGACUGUAUACAAAUAUCUAUAAUACUUCUCUUGCAUAUCCUUCUGUCAUUAUCAUUGUCAGUCUAUCCCUUAAAGGGAGCCAUGUUUAAGUAGAAGAAUCAGAAUAGUGGUAAUUAUAUUAAUGUGGCAAAGGAGAUUAGAGCCUGGUUCAGUUAAAAAAAAAAUCCAACUUCCGUGAAAGGAAGCCUUGAUUUUUUUCAAGUCUUUCCUAGCUUUGGUAAUAUGCAAAAUAAUAUAAGCUCAAACCUGGGUCAUCCUGCAAAAGGAAAUUGGGCCUGGGGUCUCUUGGACAACUUCUUGUUCUAACAGAAGACAAUUAAUAAGUUACAUAAGUAUUUGAAAUGAAGAUGUAGUCGCUGCAUUCCACCUCCCACCCCAAUAGCUGGUAUGGCUGCGAAACUCAGGGUCAGAUCGUGAACUGGAAUAUUUCCAUUGACUUCAGUGGAGCUAAACCAGUUUACUCCAGAUAAUGAUCUGGUCCUUCAUAUUGACAAGGGAGGCUGUUGAGCAUUGAAAAAUGGGAGCUUCAGUAACAUCUCCCAUUGUCCCUGUUUUGGGUCACUUUUGUAAUACUUGUGUUAGUGUGCUGACAGACAUGCUAUUACGCAGUCUUUUGUCUAUUGUUUGUUUUUACAAGAUCCAUGUAGGAAUUAUGUUUUUUUUUUUCAGUUAUAAUUGAUUUGUAUUGGAAAUUCAUUAUUAAUAAAAAUG